AUGUGAGUCGUUCUUUGUUUACUAAUUCCGAUCAUUUUCGAUUCGCAUUUCGUCAGACCGAUCGUCGUAUUUAUCACUCGAUUUUUCGCGAUAAAAGUGAUAGUUUUAGCUAAUAAGUGAUUACAUUAGGUUUAAUACAAAUCCAGUAGUAAUAGUUGCGUAACUUCUAGCUUUCGCUCCAGCAGAGCUCCUCGUCGUCGUAUAUAAAUAUUUAAAUUUCUGACCAAAAUGCAGCGAGUUCUGUCGCGUAGUCUGCACCUCAAUGCCGCGCUCAGUAGUGCCAAGCGGUGUUCGGAAACGAUUGACCGCAUAAUCCGGGUUGACCAUGCUGGCGAAUUGGGCGCCAAUCAGAUCUACAAGGGCCAGCUGGCCGUUCUGGGCAACACCAAAGUGGGAAAAACGAUCGAGCACAUGUGGGAACAGGAAAAAGUUCACAAAGCGGAAUUCGACCGACUGAUGAACAAAUACCGCGCCCGGCCUACUGCUCUGCUUCCACUGUGGAACAUUGCAGGGUUCGCCCUCGGAGCCGGAAGUGCGCUGCUCGGCGAAAAGGCGGCCAUGGCGUGCACGGUGGCCGUCGAGUCGGUAAUCGUUGAACACUACAACGACCAGCUCCGUGAGCUGAUGGACAACCCGGAUUUCAAGGACCACGAGCUGCUGGAAACGAUCCAACGCUUCCGGGAUGAGGAACAGGAACAUCACGACAUUGGACUGCACGAGGGAGCCGAACAGGCACCGUUCUACAAGGCUCUGACCGAUGUGAUCAAGUUUGGGUGCCGUACGGCGAUAAAGAUAGCCGAAAAGGUUUGAAAAAAAUCGCACUUUUGGUUGUCUUACACUGAGAAACUAUAAAUUUUCGUUUAUUUAUCACAACAAAAUA